AAAACAGUAAACAUAUACAAUUUAAAACGAUCAGUUUCGUAGUUACCGGACAAAUCCAGUUCAAUAAUAGCCACCGUUGGGUGUUGUCAUACAUGUGUUGUCGUUAUAAAUAAAACGUUGUUUUUUUAUUGUCUACAAAUAUAUUUUGGUAUUUACAACAAAAAAGAAUAUUUUCAAUAAAAGAUGACUUCAACAAGUAUAAAUAUUGGAAUUGCAAGUGAAUCGCGUAACUCUAGUCGCGUAUUAAAACCCCCAGGGGGUGGUUAUUCAAAUAUAUUUGGUGACCCAACACCCCAAGAAGUACCACAACGUCCGAAAAAUAAUCAACAAAAUUCAGCUGGAAUGAGUGCUGUAAUGGGUACAACUGACGCAAACGAGGUGGCUGCAAAAACUAAUGAAUUAAUAGCAGCUGCAUCAUCAACUGAUACGAGCGUCGAAAAAGAUUCAAAUAAAUCGAAUUCGACGACAGGAUCACCAAAAAAUGACAAUCAAGCAUCGCGAAAAAGGGUUCCACCUGGCGGAUUUUCAUCAGGUCUUUGGUAGAUGAACUCAUAAAUAUAUCUUAUUAUACAAAAUGUUUUUUAAAUGUUUUUAAAAAAAGCAUUUUUUUUUGUUUUUUUAAAUUGUCUGUUGUAGCUUUUUUAGCAUUUUCUACUUGACUUUAUAAUAUUUAUUAUAUUUGCUUGUAAUCUUUAUAUAUUU